AUUUAAACUGUUUUCAUAGAGUCGUCUGGUACAUAAAAUUUACUUGUAUUUCAUAACAUGGGCGAUAGUCCAAAGAAGGAAAUUGAAAAUAACGAUGUAAGCGAUGUUGAAUUACCAAAAAAAGAAAAGGAAGAUGACAAAGAAAUAAAAAAAGAAAAGGAAGAUGACCCUAUAAAACCACACAGACCUUAUCCAGGAUUUAGAAAAAACUUUUAUUAUUAUUUCACAGAAUAUUCUCAUAAUACCGGUAUCCAAGGUUUUAAAUAUAUGGGAGAACAAGAAAGAACUAUUUUUGAACGUUUAUGGUGGUUGGUACUUUUUUGUGUUUCCCUCUAUAUAUGUAUUAACUUAAUUAUUCAAACCUGGAUAAAAUGGACUACCUCUCCAGUACUUUUAAGUUUUGGUAAAAAGCCAACUUUUGUGUGGCAAGUGCCAUUUCCAGCUGUUACGAUUUGCCCAGAAACAAAGGCAUGUCAGAGGCUAUACAAUUAUACCGAAAAUUAUUAUUUGAGUAUGUCCAAUAAUAUGACCGAUGAAGAAAGGAAUACAUUUUCUGACUUGUCAUUAGUUUGUGGUCAACAUCCAGGGAACUUUAACGCCCAGGGAAAUUUAACGAUCGACAAUAGUACUAUUGAAUUUUUAAUGGCUAUUGCACCUGAUUUUAAUGACGUUUUAAUAAGCUGCAGAUAUACCCAACGUAACGAAAAUUGUAUAAACUUUUUCACACCCAUCCUGACAGGAGAUGGUCUAUGCUUUACAUUCAAUAUGUUAGAUAAGGAGGAACUUUUUAAAAAGAACGUAUUUUUGAAUGGCGAUUUCAUGUCCCACGAUAGAAAAUCUGAAGGGUGGAAUUUGAGGAACGGAUAUCCAGCUGAUGCGCCUCUGAAUACGUUUCCCAAAAGGGCUAUGUUUGCUGGAGCUUCUAAUGGGCUUUUGUUGCUACUCACAGCCUAUGAAUACGAUUUAGACUAUAUCUGCAACGGGCAUUUUCAAGGUUUUAAGAUUUUUUUGCACAAUCCGGUCGAAACACCUGGAAAGAAAUACUUUAGAGCUGCUCUAAACGAAGAACUUUUGGUAGCUGUUAAGCCGGACAUGAUGACCACAUCUAAAGUUUUGGAGACGUAUGAAGCUCAUAGAAGGCAAUGUUAUUUUCCAGAAGAGAGAAAUCUGUCCUUCUUUCAAAGUUAUACUCAAGAUAAUUGCAAACUUGAAUGUGAUGCAAAUUUUAUUUUGAAAAAAUGUAAUUGUGUUGCUUAUUUUAUGCCACAUGAAGAAAAUACUCCUAUAUGUGGACCGGGAAGCCACGCGUGUAUGUUUGAAGCUCAAUAUGAACUUCUACGUCUCAAAGUUUCACUAGAACUGAACAACGGACAAGAGAACUCAAACUUCGCUUCAGAAUGUGACUGUUUACCGAGCUGCACAUCCCUGAUUUACAAUGCUGAGACUUCUCAAACUCAAUUCAACUGGCAAAAAUGGUUGGAGUCCAGCAAAUUUGACAUCAAUGAAUUCGAGCCCGGCAUUCAGAUGACCAGAGUUGAUAUUUUUUUCAAGGAACAACAGUUUAUUACUUCGGAAAGGACGGGUGUUGGUGCGAGUAACGAGUUGUAUGGUAUUACCGAUUUUCUUGCCAACUGCGGCGGUAUUUUGGGUCUUUUCACUGGUUUUUCUUUCUUAUCGAUAGUGGAAAUUGUUUAUUUCUUGUCGCUGAGGUUGAUUUGUAACGUUAAGAAGCACGGAUUGCAUUAUUGGUCUGGAUCUCCCGAUUUAGUUAAUAACGAUAUAUGCAUCCAUAAGAAAUAAUUUCAUAAUAACAUUAUAAUUCACUUAUCGUUAUUUUUUGUAAAUGAAUGGCUAUAGGGUAGAACAUACAGGGUGGCGCAUCGUACGACGCGGAGGCUACGAGAAGAACGGUAUAUCUAAAUGAAUUUUGGGAGCUAAAAAUAUAUGUUUUACAGAGUGUAAAGUUACGCAUAAUAAGUUACGCAUAAAAGUUAUUACUUUUAUAAUAGAUCACCCUAUAUAUUAAUUGAUUUUUGGACUCUAGGAAAAAAUAGAGGUCAGUGUCAUUAAAGAAGCAUAUGUCUAAAAUGUAAAGUUUUGGAGAUAUUUCACGUUUUGUGAAAAUGAAGUAAUUUAGCCUAUAAAUAGCCCUAUUAUGGUAAUUCACCCUUAUAACCUGAUAUUUAGUUAAAAUAACCAUUGUAUGAUAAAUCAAAUUAAAAUUUAACCCGAAAAGUUAUACAGGGUGAGACAAAUUUAAUAUUGAACAUUGGUCAAUUUAGACAUUACACACCUAUAUCGAUCUGUUUUACUGCCUAUCCUUACACAAUUGUAAUAGAUAUAAUUAAUAUUUUUCACAAAUUAGGUAUCUGCACUAAAAACUUUUAUUUCUCCAUAACUCAAAUUAUACUCAAUAGAAUUGCAAAAAUGAC